AUGCACGCCCAUCCUGAAGAGCAGUCUGCGAUCCGGUCCUUAUCGACUACCCGCAGAGCUGGCGACCAAACCGUUGCUCCUUUCCUGGCCAAACAUAUUCCUGAACAAUACGCACCUCUGGGCUUGCUUGGCACGGAAGAGAAGCACAAAGAGACAAACACAAACACCAAAUACUGCUAUCGACAUCGUCCAGACAUCAAGUGUCGAAGGCAAGCCGACGAGCCCUCAAUGGAGCAGCUACAGCGUGAGCUCGAGACGCUGUCGAUGGCCGAUCAGCAGGGCAUCGCCCAUGUCUGGUCGCUCUUUUCCGCUGCACCUUCAAAACUACGAAAUCUCAUGCUUCGCGGCAUCCUCUCACAAUGCUGCUUCCCCCAACUCUCCUUCAUCUCCGCUUCCAUUCGCGAUCUCAUUCGCAUUGACUUCAUCUCCGCCCUUCCUCCAGAGAUUUCUUUCAAGAUUCUCUGUUACCUAGACACCACCUCACUAUGUAAAGCUGCCCAGGUCAGCCGAAGAUGGCGGAUCUUGGCCGAUGACGAUGUCGUAUGGCACAAGAUGUGCGAACAGCACAUUGACCGCAAGUGUACAAAAUGCGGCUGGGGUCUUCCACUCUUGGAGCGCAAGAGAUUACGGGCAUCGAAGCGGCAGAUUCAACUACGAGCGUCUGGACGAGGCCUCAACCAGUGGUCCCCUGAUAUCACACCUCUAGCUGAAACCGCUCCCACGAUCGUCGUAGAGAAUGGACCGGGCGCGACAACAGGAGCCCUCAAUGCCAAUGGCAAACGAAGCAGCCCAUCGGAUGAGCCUGACCCACUAUUGAGCAAUAAGAAGGCUUGCGUAGAAACAACAAAAGCAGAUACGAACGAUUCCUAUUUCCGCCCUCGUUUCCGACCAUGGAAGGAGGUCUACAAGGACCGGUUCAAGGUUGGUACAAACUGGAAAUAUGGUCGCUGCUCCACCAAGAUCUUCCAGGGUCAUACGAACGGUGUCAUGUGCCUACAGUUUGACGACAGCAUCCUCGCGACCGGCUCCUAUGACAGUACAAUAAAGAUCUGGGACAUUGAGACUGGAAAGGAACUUCGCACGCUCCGUGGUCAUGAGUCUGGUGUUCGCUGCUUGCAGUUCGACGACACAAAGCUCAUUAGCGGGAGCAUCGAUCGCAGCCUGAAGAUCUGGAACUGGCGCACCGGCGAAUGUCUUUCGACCAUUACGGGGCACAGCGACGCCAUCAUCACUCUGCACUUUGAUUCCAAGUUGCUAGCCUCCGGCUCGGCGGACAGGACUAUCAAGAUUUGGAAUUUUGAAGACAAAUCGACGUUUUUGCUUCGCGGUCAUACUGACUGGGUCAACUCUGUCAAGGUCGAUUCGGCGAGCCGUACAGUCUUCUCUGCCUCUGAUGACUGCACUAUUCGCCUGUGGGACCUUGACACGAAGCGCUGCAUCAAGGUCUUUGAAGGCCACGUCGGACCUGUCCAACAAGUGUUGCCAUUGCCUCGCGAAUUCGAGUUUGAAGAUGAGGAUGUUGAAUGUGACGAUCACGAUGAUUCUGCCAGCAACCAUAGCGGCUGUGAUACUGCGAAUGAGUCAGGCAAGCGCAGCCGUUCGCGCUCGCCCCCUCUCUGCUUUGAAGACAGCUCCGUCUUCCAUGACGGCAGACCAACUCCGCCUCGCUACAUGCUGACAGGUGCCCUGGAUAACAACAUUCGUCUUUGGGAUGUCAGUUCGGGACGGUGCUUGCGAACCUUCUUCGGCCAUGUCGAGGGCAUCUGGGCUCUUGCUGCUGAUACCCUCCGUGUCGUCUCUGGAGCACAAGACCGCACAGUCAAAAUUUGGGACGCCCGGACUGGUAAAUGCGAGCGCACUUUUGCGGGCCAUGCCGGACCUGUCACCUGCAUAGGACUUAGCGAUUCGAGAAUGUGCACUGGCGGCGAGGAUUCAGAGGUCCGUCUCUAUAGUUUUCGUCCAGAUAAUGCACCUCUUGUCAGCGUCGGUGAACCAAUUACGGCGGCAUGCACCGAUGGCAUAGCUGAGCUAGACGGACCCCGACUGCGAGUGUUGGCAUAA